GCCGGGCCUGGGCGCGGAGGGCCUGCCUCAUCGCGUGGUUCAUGACGUCUGAGAGAGCGAGGGGUGGUUAUGUCAUUCAUCCGCUUUGUCCAGAGUGGAAUUCGACAGCCUUCAAAACCCUGACCCCGACUUCACGUCUCCGCGCUUUACUCUCCGCACAACCACACACUCACCUACAUCCCUAGCUCCUAAUCCUACCUUUACGACUUUGAUACCCCGGAUUCGCUUCUCUUUCAUCAAUAUGGCUAUGUCACAGGCGGCUAUGCUGGCCGAGAAAGCUAUCGGUCAUGACGACAACAACGUCACCGCUCAGGACGUCACGAACCCUGCGAACGAUCCCAGCUAUGCCGACAACAGCGACAAGAUGAAGGCGCUGGCCUGGAUGGGCAAGAACAAGGUCGAGAUGGUCGAGGUCCCGAAGCCCAAGAUCAUGGAGGAUCGCGACGUCAUUCUUAAGAUCACCGGUAGCACCGUUUGCGGCAGUGACCUGCAUCUCCUGCACGGCACUGUCGUGGAGCUCCAGAAGGGCGAUAUCCUUGGCCACGAGUUCUGCGGUAUCGUUGAUGAGAUGGGCCCAGCCGUCAAGGGCCUCAAGAAGGGCGACAGAGUUGUCGCAUCUUUCCAAAUUGCUUGCGGAGACUGCUUCUACUGUAACCAGAAGCUCUCCUCGCAAUGCGAGAAGACCAACUCCAACACCAUUGAGAACGCCAUGUACGGCGGCAGGACAGCCGGCAUGUUCGGCUACAGCCACUUCACUGGCGGCUUUGCCGGUGGCCAGGCCGAAUACACACGCGUUCCCUACGGUGACGUGAACCUGCUGAAGCUGCCAGACGACGUGCCGGACGAGAAGGGUCUCUACCUGAGCGACGUGCUCUCGACGUCUUGGAACUGCGUCGUCGACACUGGCGUCUCAGAGGGUGACGUCGUAGCCAUUUGGGGCGCGGGUCCGAUCGGCCAGAUGUGCAUCGACUUCUCUUUCAUCAACGGCGCCAAGCGUGUCAUUGUGAUCGACAGCAACUGGCGCCUCGACUUCAUCAAGGAGCGGUACCCCAAGGCUGAAGUUCUGGACUACAGCAAGCUGGGCAAGGGCGAGAGCGUGACGAGCAAGUUGAAGGAGAUGGUCGACAACCGCGGCCCGGACGUAGCGCUUGAAUGCGUCGCGGGUGAGUACGCCAAGGGUUGGGCCCACUACUUCGAGAUGAUGCUGGGCAUGGAGACCGACACGAGCGAGAUCAUCAACGAGAUGAUCACGUCGGUGCGCAACUUUGGUCGCUGCGGUAUUACUGGUGUCUACGUCGGCUUCACGAACCACUUCAACAUUGGUUCCCUGAUGGAGCGUGGCAUCCGCUUGAUUGGUAACGGACAGGCGCCGGUGCACCUGUACUGGGAGAAGCUGUUGGGCAUGAUCCAGAGCGGCGAGAUCGACCCGUUGAAGAUGGUCACGCACCGCGUCGACGUGGCGGACCUGGAUAAGGUUUACUACAAGUUCGAGGCCAAGGAGGACGGUAUGCAGAAGGUGUUUGUGCAGACGCGCUUCUCGGCGCCGCCUUGUGCGGGUGCGCCUGCGCUGAAGAGGUAUUAGAAGUUGGAUUGAGAGGAGUGACGGAUGAUGAGACGAAAUUGAUGCAGUGAUGAAUGUAUAUAGUUGAGGCGCAGUCAGGCCAUCAAGGUGUCGGUAAUUCGUACUGAUGUGAAUAAUAUCAAAUAAUCUGUAC